GUUCUCCGACUUUGUAACUUUAUUUAAACCCCCGGAAGCACAUAAAGCACCGUACAGCAGCGAGACCUCGCGCAGACAAAUAUCCCGCAAACAUCCACCGUAACAUCCCGAUAAAAUCGCAGAAACGCACGGACGGUGAUCAGUGAUGGCACUUUAAUGGUUUUAGCGACGGACCUGCGGGAAUCCAACGAGUUUAUCCUUCAUAUUUAUCGAGUUUGAGCGCAGACUGCGACGGAAGCGCGCCAGAGCCGCGUCUGUGCGCCGAGAUGCCGAGCAAAAAGAAGAAAUACAACGCCAGGUUCCCUCCGGCCAGGAUUAAGAAGAUCAUGCAGACGGAUGAAGAAAUCGGCAAAGUCGCCGCCGCAGUCCCUGUCAUCAUCUCUCGUGCUCUGGAGCUGUUCCUGGACUCUCUCCUGACCAAAGCGUGUCACGUCACACAGUCACGCAACGCCAAAACCAUGACCGCCUCACACCUGAAGCAGUGCAUCGAGCUGGAGCAGCAGUUUGACUUCCUCAAGGAUCUGGUGGCAGCGGUGCCUGACAUGCAGGGCGAGGGAGAGGAAAACCACGUGGAGGGAGAGAAGAUCCCGCGCAGAGGUCGCAAGCCGGGCUCAGGACGUAAGAACGGCGGUGCUGGAGCCAAAGGCAAAGACAAGAAACUCUCAGGCACCGAAUCGGAGCAAGAGGAUGAUUCAGAGGACAGUGAGACCGACGGAGAGGAGGACGAGGACGCGUCUCACACCAGCACAAACACACAGCCUGCAGCUUUCUUCCACAGUGCGGGCGCGGCGCGGGGCUCUCCGCAGGCGUCUCUGAUGGCUCUGCUCCCGGCCGCUUCUGUCCCGCUCCGGACCCAGCAGCAGGACCAGGACCAGGACGAGGAGGACUACGACUCCUAGCUGCUCCUCUCACACAGAUCCUCCCUCACACACCUCUUAGGUUUUUUAAUCUUAUUUUAUUGAGGCUGUUUUAUUGAGUCGGCCUUUCCUUUCCUCAUCUUUUCGUUGGAUGAACGGCCCCAGAAGCGAGUCCGUGUAUUCUUGCACUUUUCUUUGGUUCUUCUCCGUCUUCGGUCAUGUUUUAAGAGCAUAUCACUCGAGAUGUUUUGGUUGGUUUUAGCAGCAGAUGCUCCUUGAGUUUUUGUGUUGUAAGGGAAAUGCAGAGCGGACAGUUCUGUUCUUUUGCUUUUGUGACUUCUGUUUCUGGUUUUUGUCCUUUUUAAGCUAGUUUUAUGAUUAAAGCUUCUGUCCUGCAGCGAUUAAACUGUCUAGCGGCGCUUUCAUGCAGUUUUUAAUUCAUUCUGUUCCAGGUUGUUCAUCUGAUGCGUCGAUUUGGUUUGAGAGCGCUUCAGUUGUUUCAGACACACUCUCUGUUCAUUUCCCCGGGCGAUGCACAUUUGUAUCGAUGAGUUCCCCUUUGUUUUAUAUCUUUUAGACUCUUAAUGUUUGCUGUGAAGCUGGAGAGAGUCACGUGACUUCUCUCGACUGUUCGCUUUUAACAUUCUCUUGAUUUUGUAUGAGUGAAAUAAACUUUGAGGUUUCAGUAA